AUGUCCGAACGCAGUAUUGGCCGGUACGACGUACCACAAGAAGAGAAGGCGAGCAGCCAGCGUCUCAGUACUAUGCCUACCAAAGCCAAUGCCAGUGAAUCCACCGGUGCUGAAAUGUCAGUUCCCACCGGAUCGCCUAUACACAGACGUCUUGCUGUCGUUGUCAUCCCCCCUCUACGUAUCCAGCGGCACAAGAAGACGCCCAUUACACCAAUCACGCAGAAGACAGUGGACUGCCAGAAUAGUCAGCUCGCACCUCACGUUUCGCACUUCGCAGUCAUGCGUAAGUCGAUAACAAACCUUGGAGAUCGCGAGGUCUCCCCACCGAUCCAACAUGAGGACGUUUCCCUUGCAAUCCAGUCAGACGCGGAUGCAAGUUCCCUUGUUAAGGGCCAUGAGUCUCUAAACCGCGCAGAUCUAGAGAAUAUCAUGGCCACCACUGCUGCUGCUGAAGAAGCAUGGGAUGCGUACCAAGCCCUCAUGGCUCUUCCUCGUCGCGACAAUUUGCUCCCCAUUCCAUACGCACACCUGCAUCGUCUGACGCGUCUCCUCGCGUCAACUCGUCCUCGGACACGAGCGCUACUUCUGCGCCUUCUGUCUGUCCUCUCGACUCUUCACGUGACUGGAGGUUGUGUGCGUGUGUGGCAAUGGAACGCGCUGAUAGAUUGUGCGGGCAAGGGUUGGCGGAAGACGCGGCUGGAGGACUUCAAGGCUGCUCUGGACGUUUACGAAGACAUGAUUUCCGGUAGGCGCCCUGGUGCUGCUUUUUCUCGCAGUGAAGCCACUCUUGCGAUGGAGCGAGAGGUUUUUGACGAUGCGCACCGUGAGGAGGUUCGCCCUGAUAUCAUCACCUUCACGACGCUGAUGAACAUUGCGGGGCGCACGCUGCAAGAGAACGCGUUACGGCGCGCUUCGUCCAUGCUCGAAGCAUCCGGACUGGCACCAAACCGGAUCACCCAUCUUGCACUCAUUAGAUACUACACGCGCAAAAAUCAGCUCUCCGGUGUUCGAACUACACUUUCGCGGAUGAGGGAUGAAGGAUUCGAGCUUGGUAUCGAUGGCCUUAAUGCGUGUAUCUGGGCGUACGCACGAAAUGGCCGCUUGGACGUUUCCUCCGCGGUCUACCGCAUCCUGCUACAUCGCGUCGCACCGGAAGAUGAUCUAGGACAGGACGACAUCGAUACCGCUGUUAAAUACCUGUAUACCACAGAAGCUCUCUCUAUCCCAGAGGGAAUUCUCCCGGACGCGACCACCUACUAUACCCUCAUCCAGUGCUACUCGUAUCACGGUGAUCUCGUUCGCAGCCUCCAGGUAUUCAUGGACAUGGUCUCACUGUCCACGCGAUCUUCCCUGACUGACGGCACCGAAGAAACGGACCUGUCUUCCCCUACUCUUCCGGCAUUUCGAGCCAUUUUCCUCGGUUUCGCGCGCCAUGGAACCCCUUCACCAAACACGAAAGGAGCUGAACUCUUGUCAAGUCGAUUGAAGUCUUCCAUGUGGACGUCGGACAAUCUCCACGCACUUUUCCAAAGUUUUCUGAAGCUCCCGCACAAUGUCCAGCCAAGUGAGAGGACGAUCUUUUGGGUGCUCAUGGCGUUUGCCACUACGAGCGGUCAUGAUGCAAGAAAAUUGCGCAAGGUCUGGGAACAAUUGGAGGAACGGUUUGGAGGUGGCUGGGGCGGUAGACUGGAGCGCUUCAGGCAGCGGAUCUACGAGAACCAGAAAAGUAGUGUAUAA